AUGACCAUUGAAGUAUUAAAAGACAUUCGCGCCUUGGCGGCGGAGAAGAUGCAGCUGCUGAACCUCGCUCCAGCACCAUCAAAGCAUUCGAAGCGUGAUAGUGGCCACUUGAAAAGCUCGUCGGCUUCGUCAAGUGGAAGAGGGAAUGCAUUUGCCCCUGGUCGUUGUGUACCGCUAGUGGUUUACGUUGUUCCAGCACCUGAUGAAGUUUGCAUGGCUUGA